UAAGCUAUUAACAAAAAAGCGCGCGAAAUUAGCGCGUCAUUUCACUUUUGGCCAAUUCUUUUUUUUAAAGUGCGCAUAUAAUGCAUGAUAAAAGUGAUUAAAUUAUGGAGACUCGAUUGGAAGUGCGUCUGCGGGAGCCGAAUCCAUUGUUCACAAGAUGGCUGGAACGUUGGCUGCGGGAAGCGGAGCGGCGUCACCUCAAGUCCCAGUUUAAUCUUCGCCAGGCUCUUGAAUCGCUGAAAUCCUAUCCAUUGCCGUUGUCCAGUGGACGGGACUGCUCUAUCCUACGCGGAUUCGGUGGCACUCUGUGCCAGUUGAUCGACGAGGAGUUGCGUCAGUACCGGCGCCUCCAAUUGGCACCACAAGAGGCGGGUGUUACCGAGCACUACGAGCAGCAGGUUCAGGAGGUCGUCCGGCAGGUGCAGGAAAAGCAACUUGAGCACCAAAAACGACAGACCAAGAAGGACAGACCCAGGAAACUCACCAAAAAGGCUAUAUCGGAAAUGGCAGCGGUUGAGGAGCGGGAGCGUGUGGUGGAAAUGGAACCAGGUGCCUUCCAGUUGAUCCUUUUGGUAGACACCCAGGAAACCAGUGGCAAAAACAAAAGGGUUCUGGACCAAACGGGAAGCUAUCUGGAGUCCUUGGGCGUACGUUAUGAAGUGCGCCGCCUCACCGUCGGCGACUUCCUUUGGGUGGCCCAGGAUAAACAGGGCAAUGAGCUGGUGUUACCCUAUAUAAUAGAGCGCAAGAGGAUGGAUGACUUAGCUUCAAGCAUACGUGAUGGUCGCUUCCACGAACAGAAGCACCGGCUCCAGCAGAGUGGCCUGAAGAAGAUCAUCUACUUGGUGGAGGACUAUGGAGACAAUGAGCAACUGGGACUGCCACUGGAGUCCCUGCAGCAAGCUCUGGCCAAUGCCAAAGUUCAAAGUGGCGUCCAGGUGGUGCGCACAGAGAAUCACUACCGCUCCAUGAGCUAUUUGGCUGGGAUGAGUCGCUCCCUGGAUCAGAUCUUCAGCAGCAAACGGCUGCACAGUGUGGAUCGCGAGGCGCUCGACAAGUCCUGUUGCCUACUGACGGAUUCCAAGCUGGGAUUGCUCAAGUUUCGUGCCCUCUAUGAAGAUUCCGCCAAGAACGCCCAGCUUACAGUUCGGGAAGUGUUUGUGCAACAGUUGCUGCAGCUGCAUUCCCUCUCCCUCGAGCGAGCCAUGGCUAUUGUGGAGCGAUAUCCAACACCUCGCUGCCUGCUAGAGGCCUACGAGAAUUGUGCGGAGCCAAAGGAGGCCAGGCUACUUCUCGGUAGCAUUCGCUGUGGACCUCUGGAGCGACCGCUGGGCGACAAGAUCAGCCAGUGCCUGCACGAGUUCUACACGACGCACUUUCGUUAG